GGUGGUACAUAUUCAUCAAUAGGAAACAGAAUGGCUGCAAAGGAGAAGUUGGAAGCUAUGUUGAACGUGGCCUUGCGUGUCCCGAGCAUCAUGCUUUUGGACGUCUUGUACAGAUGGGAUGUCAGUUCCUUCUUCCAGCAGAUCCAGAGAAGUAGCCUGAACAAUAAUCCUCUCUUCCAGUACAAGUACUUGGCUCUUAAUAUGCAUUAUGUGGGUUAUAUCUUAAGUGUUGUGCUCCUAACCUUGCCCAGACAACACCUGGUUCAACUUUACUUGUAUUUUCUAACUGCAGUGUUGUUGUAUGCUGGACAUCAGAUCUCCAGGGAUUAUGUGAGGAGCGAACUGGAAUCUGGCUAUGAAGGGCCAAUGUAUUUAGAACCUCUUUCCAUGAAUCGUUUUAUGACAGCCUUAAUUGGUCAACUUGUGGUAUGCACCCUUUGCUCUUGUGUCAUGAAAACCAAACAGAUCUGGCUCUUCUCUGCUCACAUGCUCCCUCUGCUGGCACGGCUUUGCCUGGUCCCACUGGAAACGAUUGUUAUCAUUAACAAAUUUGCAAUGAUUUUCACCGGCUUGGAAGUCCUUUAUUUUCUGGCAUCCAAUCUUCUGGUCCCGUACAACUUGGCAAAAUCUGCAUAUAGAGAACUUGUCCAGGUGGUUGAAGUGUACGGCCUCCUUGCCCUCGGAAUGUCUCUGUGGAACCAGCUGGUGGUGCCCGUUCUUUUCAUGGUCUUCUGGCUUGUACUGUUUGCGCUUCAGAUCUACUCUUACUUCAGCACCCGGGAUCAACCUGCCUCACGGGAGAGGCUCCUAUUUCUUUUCCUAACCAGUAUUGCAGAAUGCUGCAGCACUCCCUAUUCUCUUUUGGGAUUGGUGUUUACCGUCUCCUUCGUGGCACUUGGCGUCCUCACCCUCUGCAAGUUUUAUUUGCAAGGCUACCGAGCAUUCAUGAAUGACCCGGCUAUGAAUAGAGGGAUGACAGAAGGAGUUACACUGCUGAUCCUGGCUGUGCAAACUGGGUUGAUUGAGCUGCAAGUUGUUCACCGCGCCUUCCUGCUCAGUAUUAUCCUCUUCAUUGUGGUGGCAUCCAUCCUGCAGUCCAUGCUGGAGAUUGCCGAUCCCAUUGUCCUCGCUCUGGGAGCUUCAAGAGACAAGAGCCUCUGGAAGCAUUUCCGUGCAGUGAGUCUGUGCUUGUUCUUACUGGUCUUCCCAGCAUACAUGGCCUACAUGAUCUGUCAGUUUUUCCACAUGGAUUUCUGGUUGUUAAUCAUUAUUUCUAGCAGCAUUCUCACCUCUCUCCAGGUACUUGGAACACUUUUCAUUUACGUCUUGUUUAUGGUGGAGGAGUUCAGGAAAGAGCCUGUGGAAAACAUGGACGAUGUCAUUUACUAUGUGAAUGGCACCUAUCGCUUGUUAGAAUUCCUGGUGGCACUCUGCGUUGUGGCCUAUGGCGUAUCAGAAACCAUCUUUGGAGAAUGGACUGUGAUGGGCUCCAUGAUCAUCUUCAUUCAUUCCUAUUACAAUGUGUGGCUUCGUGCUCAGUUGGGAUGGAAAAGCUUUCUUCUCCGCAGGGAUGCUGUGAAUAAGAUCAAGUCCCUGCCCACAGCUACCAAAGACCAGCUGGAACAACACAAUGAUAUCUGUGCCAUCUGCUACCAGGACAUGAAGUCGGCAAUCAUCACACCUUGUGGCCAUUUCUUUCAUGCGGGCUGCCUUAAGAAAUGGCUCUAUGUGCAAGAAACCUGCCCUCUGUGUCACUGCCAACUUAAAAAUACCACUCAGACUCUGGGACUGGGAUCGGAGCCCAUGCCGCCACCAAAUCCCGAAGCAGCACAAAAUACUGCCCAGCAAGAAGCCAUCGAGCCCCAUGGCGUGGAGCGCCAGGAGAGGCCAGGCCGUGAAGCUGAGGACAGUGAACAAGCUGUCAAAGGGCUAGGUUCCCGGCAGGACCCUGCCGAUGCCAAGGAUGGCUCUGUCAGUCUGGACGAUGCAUCUGCCAGGGAGGCCAGCCAGCAAGAGGUGGCUGCAAAAGGGCUGGCUGAAGACGAGGCAGAGACUGUGACGCAAGACCCGGGAGGAGGUUGCAUCCAGAACUGAAUUAGGAGAGGCUGGUACAUGAAUAAGCACUCCGGGUCCUCCUGGCUUAGCUAUCAGAAUCCGACCCUUUUUACUGUCAUGAACAGGUUUAACUCUCAGAAUGCUGGCCAAAAUGUAUUUAUGAGAUCCCAUGCUGAUUUCUGUGAGCUGCUUGGUUUACAGGGCUGCCAGUGGAUUUCACUGGAAACGACUUUAGAAUCUGCCACCCUGUUGUAGAAGGGCAGAGUUUGGGAAUCAAAAAACUAAGUAUUUCUGGAAGGGAAAUAGGUGGAGGAAGGGCUAGAAACACAAGGAUCGAUGGAGGUGGGAUUGAAAGAGUCAGGUGAGACAAAAGGCAGUGUGGCUGAUACUAGAAAGAGGAAUAAAACGGAAGGAUAGAAGAGGCAAAAAAUAUGUUUUGUUUGUUUUUGUAUCCUUGGCCUCGUCUUUCGGCAAUGAAUGGAGCUCAGUCAAGGAUAUUGGCAAAACUCCAGAAGAAGCUGGAAGUUAUACAAAUCAAGUAGAAGGAUUGUGUUUGAACAGGGCAGCACUCCAGUAUGUCGGAUGUGGUGCUUGGGCAUGUUCGGUUGGGCAUUUGCAUCCAUGUAAUCUAUAGCAAUUCUUGACUUUUUAUGAUGGAGUCGUCCAUGCGUUAAUGUUUAGGAUCCCUCUCUCUUUUUUUCUUUUUUCUUUUUUUCCUUCCUUUUGGUUACUGAACAUUCUGGGCAGAAUGGGCUGCGUGAAAUCAACUAGAGCUCCAGUGAACUUUCUCUCUCUACUCUGCGAAAGAGUCCAGGGGAGAAGUGGGAGGAGUUUUAGGUCACUGAUUGAAGCCCCUUGGUGCUGUUCAGUUCCAUGUAGUAUAUUGGUAGCUGAAUUAAAGCAAACACAGUAUUAAAUCUCCUGGCAAUAUUUGCACCUUUGGGAAUGAGUACAUUAAAUGUAUGAUCAAAUGCCGCAAAUGCCGCGCCUGAAGCUGUUAAUAGGAUUUGCACCUUUUUCUCCUUUGACAACAAUGUGUGUGUACUGAAAUUUUUACAUUCAUCAUGGCUUUCAGGUAGAGCUAGCGAUGCGGGGGUGGGAUUGGAAGCUGGCAAUUUUUUUAUGUGAAUUUUGAUAUGAAAAAGGAACCAGUCACUUAUUUAUACACUAGGCUUGGUGCUCAAAAGUGUUUUUCCCCCCUUCAAGAGUUGUUGUUCCAAAUGUGACCUGUGGACAUUCAUUAUUUUAUUUUUUUGGUAGUGGGUUUGGAUGUAGACUGGCAGACAUAGCUGAAUGUCUCAAUAAACUACAUUUGAAGAUUUUUUUUA